GGUGCAAGACCUUUGAGAAGGAAGUGGGAACACACUCGGGGAAGAGGCUGAGAAGCCUGAUGGGGAACUGUCUACAGAGGAAAAUCGGUUAUUCCAGAUGCUGGAGUUGUUGCCACAUCGUUGAAGGGUGUCUUUGCCUUCCUUGGAAAAACCUAAGCACAUUUAAAGCCAGACAGGAAUCCCCAAAGCAAAAUGAAGAGAUGACUUCAGCUCCUAUGCAGGACAAUGCUAGCCAGAUGUACACAGAGGAGUUAUGCUAUGUCCUUGUUGAUCACAAGGCCCUUGGAGGAAGACCGCCAGGCAACUCUGCUGAGGGGUUCUAUGAAAAUGUCUCCAGCCAGACUGAGAGACGCAGAGAGUCUUCAAGAGAAGCAGAGACUGAGUAUUCCGUUCUCCGUUUUUCUCCCACCCCUCAGUCGCCACCUUCCACAGAGGAUGAAUAUGAACUUCUUGUGCCCAGCACACUCCCGUCUCAUGCCCCUCAACAGCCACGGCCAUUUACAGCUGCCUUUGAGACUCACUUUUCUCAUCUAAAAUGAUGUGACUGGAUUAGAGUUUGUUUAGCAUUGACAGAUCAAAGGAGGAGUUAGGGACUCUGUUUGAUGACAGAUAAACGUAGGGUUUGGGGACACUAGUUGAGAGAGUCAUAGGGUAUGAUGAUCCUUAGCUUAUUUCUUCUGGAGGACCUUAGCGGGGCAGACUGCA